AUGGCAGUGGAGAAAAACAGAAAAGUGGAAAAUGUGAAUGUGAAGCAGAGGAAUAUUGUAUUGGUUGGAAUUAAAAUUGAUGAGAGUGGCAAAGAGAUCUUGAAAUGGACACUUGAAGAAAUUGCACAAUAUGGAGAUUGUGUUCUUGUUGUUCAUGUUUGUUCUACUUUUCAUAGUGCCUUGAAAAGCAAGUCUUGGUUGGAUCGGUACUUAGAACUUUAUAGUGAAUUAUGCUCAACAAAAAAGAUUGAGCUCAUAGGAGAAGUUUUGAAGGGAAAUUCAGUUCAAGGGGUUUUAGUUAAAGAGGCAAAGAGAUACAACGCUAUGUCUAUUAUUGUUGGAGUUAAACAUCAAAGAAAAUUAAGUUUGAAAUUAGCUAAAGGCUGCGCAAAAGAGCUUCCUCCAACAACUGAAGUUUUGGCCAUCCACAGUGGGAAUAUAGUCUUUAGACGUUCCAACCAUUACCAACUACCUCUUGCUCAAAAGAUGAGUUCAAGAACAAGUUCUGAACUCUCUGAUGGAUUUUCAGACAAAGAUACUGAACUGAAAUCCGAGGAAUCAACGAGGAAGAUUUCCGGUAGAUCGUUGUCUCUUCCAUCAGUUGAGGUGAUUGACCAAAAACCGGGUUGGCCAUUGCUAAGAACAACCACUUUAGCUACUCCAAUGGUUCACAAUCAGACUCGGAAAAUUUCAGUCGUCAAUUGGGUCAUGAGCUUGCCUGAACGGUUUCCGAAUCAUCCGAAUAUGACUACUCAAAGGAGCUUUUGCGAUAAACAACUUAAAGAUAUACUGAAGGAAAUAAACAAAUGGUUUAGCUAUGAUGUUCUUAAGACAGCAACUUCAGAUUUCUCUUCAGAGAAUCUGAUUGGAAAAGGAGGAUGUAACGAAGUAUACAAAGGGGUUCUUGAAGAUGGCAAAGCUGUGGCAGUGAAGAUCUUGAAACCAUCUGUUAAAGAAGCAGUGAAAGAUUUUGUUCAUGAAGUGAGCAUAAUCUCUUCUUUGAGUCAUCAACACAUCUCUCCUUUGAUCGGUGUAUGUGUCCGAUGCAAUGACCUAAUCUCUGUUUACAAUCUCUCAUCCAGAGGAAGUUUGGAAGAAACCCUUCAGGGUAAGCAUGUAUUAAGAUGGGAAGAGAGAUUCAAGAUAGCUAUUGGAUUAGGGGAAGCUCUUGAUUAUCUACAUAACCAAUGUUCUAAUCCUGUGAUCCACAGAGAUGUCAAAUCCUCUAAUGUUCUUCUCUCAGAUGAGUUUGAACCUCAGCUUUCAGAUUUCGGGCUUUCGAUGUGGGGAUCAAAGUCUUGUCGGUACACGAUACAAAGAGAUGUAGUAGGGACGUUUGGUUACCUAGCUCCUGAGUACUUCAUGUAUGGAAAAGUUAGCGAUAAAGUCGAUGUUUAUGCCUUUGGAGUAGUUUUACUUGAACUCAUGUCAGGAAGAACUCCUAUUUCAACUGAUAGCCCAAGAGGACAAGAGAGUUUGGUCAUGUGGGCAAAACCGAUGAUCGAGAAAGGCAAUGCAAAAGAUCUCUUGGAUCCAAACAUUUCAGAGACUUUCGAUGAGGAUCAGUUUCAUAAGAUGGUUCUUGCUGCUAGAUAUUGUCUUACAAGAGCAGCCACUCAUCGUCCCAAUAUCAAAGAGAUACUGAGGCUGCUAAGUGGAGAAGAUGACGUAGAGAAAUGGGUGAAGAAAGUGGAAGAAGAUGAAGAUUGUUUCGAUGACGAGGUUUACCCAAAUUCGAACACAGAACUACACUUCAGCCUCGCGAUGCUUGACGUGGAGGAUAAUGACUCUGUGUCAGUCAGUAGCUUGGAAAGAAGUAACAAUAGCAUAUUUUCUUCUUCAUCUUCAUCUCAAGAGCUUCAAUCUUAA